CAAACUUGACACACUUUCAGUACAACUUCUGCACUUGAACUUCUUGACCAAAGUCAGCGGCCAAGAGUUCUGCAGAAAACGCGCAGAAUAACCUUGCAGAGUUGACAGAAAACCAAAAGCUUGUGGGGAAAAAAUGCUUAGGUCAACUAAAGGUACAGUACUAGCUUGGGAAAUGUAAACAAUAAGCGCAGACAUAUUUAAACAGCAGCCGACACUAUGAAAUGAGCACUUUCUUGCAACAUUAAACGCAGAAAGGUAUAAACGGUGCAGAACAACGACAUGGUAUAUUUCAGGGGUCUUUUUGUAAAAACACUCUUUUCAACAACAAUUUUAUUGGCGGUACUAAGCUUAAGCCAGGAUGUGGAGGCGGGUACUAUGAAAAUUGCCUACAAGAAACCCAUUUUCGGCAAAAUAAAUACAACAAAAGAGAGACGCUACAAGUUAAGACCAGAUUAUAUGCGAAGAUCACCAAUCAGUGCAGCCGCCAGUGUGAAUACGGGCAUGAGCACGAGCGCCAGUUCUCUCGUCGGCAGCACAAUGUUAAUAACCACCAGCAGCACCACGCCUACUUUGCUACAUUCAUUGGCGCCCACAGAUUGGAGCGCAUGGGCAACAACAACACCACUGCCGGCGAUGGAGAGUAAUGUAGGUACUCACUACAAUAACAACAACAUGGAGAAUAAUAAAGCCGAGGCAGAGGCUGCCAUCUAUAUGCCGAAGCCCUGGCAAUAUGAAGACGCCGCCACACACAGCCAAUAUGUGGAUUUAAAAACAAUGAGGCAAAGCGUAUCUAGCGUGGACACACUGCUGCCACAUAUAAUGCCAGCGGUGAACAACACCUUAGAAGCACCACAACUGUACCACGAUGGACAUGGAGUGCACGUAAUCGGCGAUAACGUGGAAGCGCCGAGUAACACACAAGUAACGGGCCACACCGAGACAAACGCUGAAGUCGAAGAGCUCUUUCCUUUGCCACAGCCAGAGUUGUUGGUUGCACCACGCGCCCUGGCUGCGCGCAACACGCAAGCAAAAGCGCGCAAAACAUCAGCGACAACGACAACGACAGAGCAUAGUCGAGCGGUACCAUGCACCUGUGGCGUUUUUCUAGCCUCACAAAUCAAACGCGGCACCAACGAACAACCCGAGGGCGCACCAGUGAUCACCAACGAGUUGGACCGCACAUUUGCUUGCAACGCUGUCGGACAAAAGCAAUGCCAGACCAAAUGCCUGGAAACUAUAGUGCAGCAUUUGCCCAACUCAGCGAACAUACUAUGCGCAACGCUAAAUCGGGACUGCCGCAAGGAGCGCGCCUACCUCUUCAUCAAGAAUUGCCGCAAUCAAUGGCACAAUACGAAUUUGUCGGCCGGACGGGAGUAUUGCUGUCGCGAUGGUCAACCGUAUACCUGUCCGAUGGUUUGAGGGAAUGAAUUCUGUAUUGAGUGGUUGUGUGAAUUUUGAAUAAAGACCUUGGAUUUUUCAAAUAUAACUUACAAAUGGCUUUUUAUUACGUAAAAAAUGAAAUAAUCAAUUGCUUGAGUAAUCAAGCCGUGUUGUAUGACUAAAAUAUACGUAGUAGAUCUCUACACAAGCAAAAAAAAAAAACAAAAUAAAAUAUUUUAAA